AUGCCACAGAUGAGAAGACAAAUUUUCGUCCUUUUUCUCUUUGCAUGGCUUCUGCUCCCAGCUUCUGCACUCAAUCAUGUCGCUGCUGGUGUUCAGGCCAUGCAGUCAGUUCAUUUCAAGCUCAGAACCCUACAGGCUAUCCCAAAGCCGCAAACUGGGAAUGCCAUUCCUUCAUGGAGGUUGGAAACACGGAUUCGCCACCAGCGCUCAGUUGAGACAUCAAUAGCUCCUUGA